UCUCGGCGCUAAUGAACGGCAAGGAUGAGGCUCGUUAUCCUCCUCUGUCUGUCUGAUAUUCAGCCACAGUGUCUCAUCUCGUACACGCGCCUCUCUCUAGUAAAGAUGGAGGAUAGACGGUGGAUUUGGCUCUCACGUGGACCUGAGCUUCGAGAUAGAUCCCCAGUGGUACGGUUAGAAUGAGAGAUGAUAUUUCUCCAAGCAGCUGAAGGUCAUCGUCAGCCAGGUUCAGGUUGCAUGAAAACGGAGCAGUGAUGACUCAUCCUGCACUACGCAGAUUUUUUUGUCCAAUCAGAUGCUCUCUUGAAGAAGAAUGGCCCGCCCCCUUAUGCCACAUACAACCGACUACUAUAACACUGAUCUGGAGUCAGCACCCUCAACUGGUCGGUCAUGAGUUUUGCUCCGAGUCCGUUCACCCCCAUGGGCAUCCGCAGCAUUCAGGAGCAGCGGGACCGCUGGGAGAGGAAGAGGAGCCGCACGGCCCGCGAGCUAGUCCUGAGUGAACAAAGAUACUGCGAACAGCUGGAUCUGGUCGUCACGUACUUUGUGGAGAUCUUGAAGGCCAAAGGAACCCUCAGGCAGGACAUUAGAGAAAGCAUCUUCAGUUCAAUUAAAUCCAUUCAUUUAAUAAACCAGACCCUGCUCACUCAUCUAGAACUGGGGAGAUUUGGCAUUGGGUUUGAGGAGUUUUGCACUCAUUUGCAGUUGUACAAUACGUACGUUGACAACAUUCAGACGGCUAAAAAAGUCCUCAUGGUUCAGGUGAAGAAAAGCAAAGCCUUCAGACGGUUUAAAAAGCUCCAGGAGUCCAGGCCUGAGCUCAAUCAGCAGAAACUUGAGGAUUUGCUAACGCUUCCUCUUCAGCGCAUCCAGCAGUACAAGCAUUUCUUGAGGGACUUGACAGAGAACACCAGUCCAGACAACCCGGAGUUUCAGCAGCUUUCAAAGGCAGUGAAAGCCGUCUCAGAGGUCACCCAGCGGAUCCAGGACAACGCUCGCAGCCAUGAGAACCACCUGCAGCUGCGCAGAGUCCAGAAACAGCUGAAGGGCCGAAAGACCAGAAUCCUGACUCCAGGGAGGUGGUACAUUCGGGAAGGCUGGCUAAAGACAGUGCCCUCUAAAGGCACGGAGGCAAAACCCAAGAUGUUUUACCUGUUCUCUGACAUCCUGCUCCAGGCCAAACCAUGCAGUCCCAUACAUCCUUUCAAUGGGGAUAAGUUUGCCUGCCAGCGAAUCUACCCAUUAAAGGAGUGCACAGUGGAUAAAGUCUUCGGCCACACCAAAAGCCAGGGAGGCCUUAUUAGUUUGACCUUUGCCAGGGCCAAACUGCUUCUAAUGUCCGAUGAUCAGGGGGACAUUAAUGAUUGGUACCGUAGCCUCUGCUUGGCUAUUGGGCAGCUGAAGUCAAAGAAUACAGUGGUGCACAGGAGAGACGAGCUGCGCAGGAAGCCAAUCAGAUCGGAACCAGACAGUCAGAACACUCCAGAACUGCAGCAAACACGUGGAAUAAAAAGAACCAUGAUGUUGGAUGAAGAGGUUCGGGAACACGGAGAGGGUCAUAGCAGCAGUUCCAUCCCUUCAACUGGGGAAAGCGGCUACAGCGCCACCAAGAGGCUGAAGCCCAAUCAAGCUCCUGCUGCAAGACCACAGGAGUCUUCAGGAUCGAGCUGUGUCAUACUGUGAGGAGGUUCAUGUUCUCAAAAGAGCUGAAAGAUCUGCCCACAGACGGAAGGAGCAGAGGUGAUUUAGGAUGAAUGCAAUGUACAUCUACUACACACUGCUGCAUUUUUUUCCAUAUGCCAAAGAAUAUACUGCAAUGUAGGCUUAUUGCUUUUAAGCAUGUUUACUGUUCACAUUUUAAAGGUUUUUAUACUGAGAUGUAUUACUAUUUAAAAUGCAGAAUCACUCAGUUAUCACCAAUAAUGGCCAAAAUCUAACUAUAAAGAAAUACACAGACACAAAAACAUCAUGUAUAGUAACAGCAUAUUUAUCUAGUCAUGCCAACUCUGAAUAUAUAUCACUAUAGUGCAAAACAAUGCUAUUAUUAGCACAUUUUUAAUAUGAAAUCAUUUAGUGCAAUAAGAUUUUUUAGUUUGCAUGAGAUUUUGCUCUGUUAUACACUGGAACAAAAGGGAAAACUGCUUUUAUAUAUACGGAAUGUUGUUUUAA